CAUCAAUGUACUGUACAUUUACAUAUCUACCUAGGUACAUAUACAUACACCUAGAUUAUGUAGCUUCAAAAUUCUGGCAAAACACCUUUAUUAUUAUUUAUAAUUCCUGUCUCCAACCCCGACAUCUAUUAACCGUCAUUUCGAACUUUUGUUUUCCUUCAAAAUGCAGUCACGACGCAUGACUGCGAAUCCCGCGCGACCUUCGCGUUACCGCGCUGGUAAGCCAACUGGCGCGUCGUCGUCCUCCGAAUCCGAUUCAGAAGCCAGCGGUAGCGAUACUGAGCAACAACAGACCCAACGCAAAAUCGCGCCACCCCCCAAAGCACCAAGCGCUGGGAAAAUAAUUAGCAACCUCAGCAAAGUAGACCUCAACGAACGUCGAAAGCAAGAACUAGAAGCCGAAGCUAGACGUGUAGCGGCCGCAAAAGCAGCUCGUCUAGCAGCCGAGGAGGGUUUCGUCACGGAAGAAAGCGAAGAAGAGGAGGAGAGUGAAGACGAUAGCAACGACGAAGACGACGAAGAAGAGGAAGAGAGCAGUGAGGAAGAUGCUCCUCGGCGGUUAAUGUUAAAACCUAAAUUUGUCCCAAAAAGCCAACGAAAUGGAAACAAGGAAUCUCACGAGGAACAGGACGAAGCGGCUAGGUUAGCAGAAGAAGAGGCAAAGAAGAAGAAAGCCAUGGAUGAGAUGGUCGAGGAGCAAAUGCGCAAAGAUGCUGCGGCUCGUGCGACUAAGAAAAAACAUUGGGACGAUGUAGUAGACGAAGAAGAGGACGUCGACACGGAAGAUGACGUGGAUCCCGAAGCCGAAUAUGCGGCAUGGAAACUGCGCGAGUUGAAACGAAUCAAGCGAGAGCGUGAGACUAUCGAGGCGCGCGAGAAGGAAAGAGAGGAGGUUGAGCGCCGAAGAAAUCUAACAGAAGAAGAACGAAAGGCAGAAGACGAAGCAUUCCUCGCAAAGCAGAAAGAGGAAAAGGACUCGAAAGAGAAAAUGUCGUAUAUGCAAAAGUACUUUCACAAGGGUGCCUUUUAUCGGGACGAGGCGGAGGCUGAAGGUUUGGUUAAUCGGGAUAUUAUGGGGUCACGAUUUAUGGACGACGUAAAAAAUCGCGAAUUACUUCCAAAGGCGUUACAGAUGCGCGACAUGACGAAACUGGGUAAGAAAGGUGCCUCGAAAUACAGGGACCUCAAGUCGGAAGAUACAGGUCGGUGGGGAGACAUUCGUGAUACAAGGCCAGGCAAGGAAUUUGAUCGAUACAGUGUGGACGACAGAUUCAAAUCCGAUCGCGCUAGAGAAGCAUCAGGUCCUGGAGGAGCCAAUGCAGUCCCUAUUGGCGAGAGGAAGAGGUCUAUUCCCGAUGCGCCAGAAGGCCCUAGGAAUCCGGAUCGAGGACGAAACGCGGAUAGAUAUCGAGAACGGGACCGGGAUUAUGAUCGAAGUAGUUACCACCCAAGAGAUGACUACCGACGUCGUAGGGAUAGGUCUAGGUCCAGAUCUCCUAGGAGGCGCGAUCGAGAUGAUUACGGUAGCCGGAGGAAAAGAGACUCAUCUCAAGAAGUAGAUCGUUGUGCAAACGAGAAGAGGCGAAGAAUAGACAUCAAGUAGAAAAAUACCUGCCAAGCAGUAUAUUCAUACGGGUUUAUGAAACCUCACAGGCCGAAUCAAUUCUAAUUAGGAU